AUGCUCCAACGUCCUGCGGGCUUUUCAUCCACCAUCACUCCGAAUGCUCGAGAUGAAUUACAAAAUACGACUCUGAAUGAAGGAUCUUCCUCCUCGAAUUCUGAACGGUGUAUUCAGCUCCAGAAUUCUAACCAUGAGAAUGCGGCAAAAAAAGAAAAUGUUGCUGUGGUGUUAGACACAGGAACGGGUAAAACAAUGAUUGCUCUACUUUUGACUCAUUAUAUGCUCUUUCCAGAAAAAAAGGCUACCACCGACAACUCACUGAUUGUUUUUAUUGCCGAGAACAAAAUUUUAGUGACUCAACAAUUUAACUUUAUAACCAACGGAUUAAAACAGUUACAAAAAAUGGAUCUCUUCAAUUCAACAGAAAAUUUGGACAUGAGCAAACAAAUCGAUUCAGACGUUGAUGAAAUGUGUUCAUGUUAUGUUGGAGGAGAAAGUGGCUUACUGCCAAAAAUAAUCUCACAAAAAUUGUUACAGAAAAAGAGAUUUAUUGCAACAACAGCCCAAUUUCUUCACAACAUGCUGAGCCAUAAUGCUCUUAAAAUGGAACAAAUUUCUCUGCUCAUUAUUGACGAAUGCCACCAUUGUGGAGAAGGAGAUCAUCCAUACAAGAGUAUCAUGUCCCAAUUUUAUCGCCCACUCAGGGAGGAAUUACGGCCGAAAAUAUUUGGCAUGACAGCUUCAGCAAUCAAUUGUAAAGGAAAUGUAACAGAAAAAGCAAUUCAACAAAAAUUGGAGUUGGAAUAUUCCUUGGAUUGUAAAUUGACCACUAUUAUGUCUGGGACAGACUUGUACAACGAAUUAUUGGAACACACAAAUUUACCAGAAGAGUCUGUAAUACUUUAUAAGCACAAUAUUGACAUUGAUAGUGACUUUGUCGAAAAAUUUGAAGAUUUUCUGCUGCAUACCAUAAAACGCAUAGUGUCAAGAAAGGAGAUUAUGAACGCUGAUGAUUUAGAAGGAAUUCUCCAAAAACUAAGCGUUGACGUGCUAUACCUUUAUCAUGAGCUUGGUGCUUGGGCAAUAGAAGAAUACUUUAACCUUCUUUUUGAAAACAUUGAAUACUCGACUGUCUCUCCUCCCAUUUCCAUUGAACAACAAGAUGAGCACAAAGCAAUGUCGGAUGCAUAUGAAAACUUUAAAUUCUUGCACGGAAAGGCUGUGGUUGAGGCAUCUUCUUCUCGCCAUUUAGAAUUACAGGUUGACAAGAGCUUGAAAAAAGAAAUUAUGCAAUCCUUACACACAUUUUUGCAAGGCACAGAAACGUUUAUGGAGAGCUCGAAAACAACUCGCUUGAUGGAACUAUUGCAACAGAAUUAUUGGAGUGAUGACGGCGAAAUAUUUAAUGAUUGGGUGAGAGGCCUGGUAUUUUGUGAAAGAAGAAUCGCAACUGUGCUCCUUUCCAAGUACUGUUCUCGUAAUUUAGGCCUCAACUGUGACUUUAUUGUGGGCCACAACGCUGAUACAGGCAAAAAAUCAUUAGGGUUAAAGGGAGCCGCAACACCUUCAAAGCAACAGAACAAAAUUGAAUCAUUCAGGAAGGGUCUCGUCAACUGUCUAUUCUGCACUAAUGUUGUUGAAGAAGGUUUCGACGUUCCAGCAUGUAAUUUGGUUAUUCGUUUUGAUCCCUUCAAUGAUUAUCUUAGAGCCUAUAUUCAAAGCAGAGGAAGAGCCAGAAAAAAGGGAAGCAAAUUCAUCAUUAUGAUAGACGCAGAAGACGAAAAGCAACGAAUAUUUUGUUCCAAACGAAAAGAGGUGCACACUCAAAUGCAACAGUUAAUUUGUGCCGAUCAUUCUGAAGAACGACAAAAUUUUGUUCCUACCCAAAUACCCUCCACUGAAUAUGUGACUCCAACAGGGGCAAAAGCAACUCUUACCUCAAGCAUCCAAAUUGUGAACCGGUAUUAUAGCUUGCGUUCAGGUUCUUACUAUGAGAAAAAGCCCAACUUUGAAGUUUAUGAAUAUGGAGGAGAAUAUAUCACUGACUUACCCUUCCUCAUCACUGUUCAGUACAACCACGUACAAUUGUUAAUAACGAGGUACUGUGCUCUGAAAGCAGUCAAAUUACUUCAUCAAUACAAGGAAUUGGAUGAUAAUUUAUUUCCAUAUGAUCCUAACCAAGAGAAUAUUUCUAUCCCACAACAAGAGCCAGUACCCUAUGACAAGACAAAACAAAAAAGUAAGGUUCCAAAAGCGUUGGAUGGGAGCAAUGUUUCAACACUUGGUAGUCAGCUUGAAAUUUUCCUUUAUGACAUUUUAAUGGACGAUGUUGACACCAAUUUUCAGUUUAUUUUACCAAAAAGAAUUGACAAUGAGGUUGAAGAUUUGUUACGGAUUGAGAUUAAAGGCUCACGUAAAGUAGUAUUGCAAUAUUCAACGUCGAGAGUUGUAGACGCAGAGUGGGUUCGAAAAAGUUUCGAGCAUCAUGAUUUCAUGUUCCGUAAAUUAUCCAAACUCAGUCGCUCGAACGCUACAGAUGAAUAUGAAAACUCUGUGAGACAAUGGAGCUUUUUUGUGUUACCCAAGAAUAUGGAGGAGCACUUUACUAACGUUCCAUUAUUAGACCUUAUUAAGAAAAAAAGAAAUGACAAUGAAACGUGGAUCAAGGAUAUGGUUCUAGAGACGAGUUAUAACCACAAAAUUUAUUUGGCCAACCGAGUACGGUACGAUUUAAAUCCUAAUGCAACAUUUUCAGCUCCUGAGUUUUCCUCUUACAAAGAUUUUUGUGAAAAACGUUGGAACUUGGUACUCAAGGACUUGAAUCAGCCCCUUGUUGAAGCAUAUCAGCCAAAAUUUUCAUCUCUUGGUAGAAAUCAUACCGAAGUUCAUUCUGAUUCAACAGUCAUGCUAGUUCCUGAAUUUGUAAAUGCGUGCUCUUUCUCAGUAGAAAUGAUGAGUUUCAUCAGAAAUAUACCAGAAAUUCUGUACAAUCUGAGACAUCGAUUACUCACAAUUGAACUUUCCAAAACACUCGAUUUUUAUGAGCCAUUGAGACAGCUCAAAGAUGUUGACAAAACUUUGGACGGGCUCAAUUUGCUUCAAGAAGCAAUAACAGCAAAGCGGACUAAUUUGAAAGUUAACUAUGAAAAGUUAGAAUUCUAUGGCGACACUAUCCUGAAAUACGUCACUUGCAAGAAGUUGUUCUUUUCAUUCCCAGAUUUGAUGCCUGGAGCCUUGUCAAGGUUGAAGCAACAGCUUGUUAGUAAUGAAUAUCUAGCGAACGCUUUCAUAAGUAGCAAUCUUGAAAAAUUCAUACUUACAGAACCCCUUUCGCAUGGCCUCAUUGUCAACAACUUGACACCAUUCUCAGAGAAUAGCUUUGAGGAUUGGGAGGAAAUGAGAAACCAAGACAUGAAGAAGAAAGUCUUGGCAGAUGUCGUUGAGAGUAUUAUUGGAUUUUGUUAUCUUCAAUUUGAAGACAUGAGCUAUGUAGAACGCUUUUUAGACCGAAUUGGCUUCCGCUUUCCAGAUAAGAACAAUGUCGAAUAUUUUGAAGCGAUUCCCUCCAGCACAAAAAAAGACGUUUUGGAAAAGUUAUUCAAGAUCACAGAACGUGAAGUGCUUUCUAAGGUUGAAUGGCAAAUUUCGUACAUUUUCAAUGACAAGAAACUUUUAUUGGAAGCUCUUAUCCAUGCUUCGUACCAUUCCAAAGUGAACUAUGAACGAUUUGAAUUCUUGGGUGAUGCUAUUCUUGACAUGAUUAUUACCAAACGUAUUAUCCACGAGUUUUAUGUAAAACCAAAGAACGACCAUAGCAUCAUCCCUCCUGAUUUACCAAGCAUGAAUGAACUUCGUGAGAGAAUUAUUAAGAAUCAAUCAUUUACAGCCAUCGCUAAUAGUUUAAGACUUUUUGACUAUAUCAUCUUUUCUGGAGAAGACAUUACCCACAAUAUUCUUACAUUUAUAACUUCGAACGAUCAAGAAAAUGUAAUGGUAAAAAUUUUGAGUGACGCUGUAGAAAGUAUUGCAGCAGCUAUUUAUUUAGACAAUGAUCAUUGUUUGGAAAGCGUGGAAGUUGUAUUUGACACUUUUUGGGAACCCUUCUUAAACGCUGAAUUUGAAAAGACAAGAAUCAAAGCACGUCAAAGUGUACAAAUUCUCUCUGCACUUUCCAGCGAGUUUGAGAACACUAUAGAAAGUUCUGAAAUUACUCUCUUCUUGAUGAAAAAUAUGAAUCGAGAUCCAUCGAUUGUGUUAAACGAGGUGUUACAGAAAUAUAUAUGGCUCAAAUACCCUAAUGACGGUAGCAACUUAAUUUUUCAAGAGACAACCAUCAGGCCAGAGCCUCCAACAAAACUUGAUGCCAACUUUAUCAUUACUUUUAUUGGUCACUCGUUUAUGGGAACAGAUAGGAACUUGAAAUCAGCGAAAAAGAAAGCAGCAGCUGCUACGUUGCUUUUCAUCAAGGACAAGAGCAACAAAUUAUAUGAACUCAUCGAUGAUUAUAUUCGAAUCCAUCAAGAGAUACCAAAAACAGAUCAUGAUCUUCAUCAAUAA